AUGGCCUACGUCAUCAGAUUUUAUAAAAAUACUCUAAGAAAUCAUAGUGAUAGAAAGAAGGGAAAAUUGGAGGUAGAAGAGAUCGAAGCAUCCGAGAAGUUCGUUUUGAAAGAAAUUCAAGGAGAAUCUUUUAAUGGAAAGAUAAAUUUUCGAACAGUGAAAGACAGAGAUGGUCUCUUACGAGUUGAGACAAAAAUAACAUCGAGAAAAGACUUAGAAACUUUUAGAUUCCCUAUAUUAUUGCCUAUCAAGCAUGAUUUGGUGGAAAAAUUAAUAAUGGACAAACAUAUUGAACUGAAACAUGCCGGUGUUCAAACUUUGAUGUCUCACCUCAGAGAGUCGUUUUGGAUCAUUAAAACCAGAAAGACAAUUCGAAACGUCGUAAAAAAUUGCGUCAAGUGCAAGAGAUUCUCGGUUAAACCAUUGGAAGCCGUAAGCAUUCUUCUCCCAGAAGAUCGAUUCAGAGACGCAGCUAUUUUUGAAAUUAUAGGCGUCGACCCAUGCGGGCCUCUGCUUUUAAAAGGAGAUAGAAAAUGCUGGGUGGUACUCUUCACUUGUUCCAUCUACCGAGCGGUACACCUCGAAGUAGUCUCGUCCCUGUCAACAGAUUGUUUCAUCUUGGCCCUUCGCCGUUUUAUUGCUCGCAGAGGGCACCCGUCCACAGUAUAUUCUGACAAAGGGACAAAUCUUGUGGGAACGGCAAAUCUUUUGAAGAACAUUAAUUGGAAGGAAGUUGAAGACUUUGCUUCAAGGAAACGAAUUUCAUUUAAAUUUAAUCCUUCUCUGCCCCUUGGUGGGGAGGCUUCUUCGAAAGAUUAA